UAGAGGUGAGGAUCGGCGUGCUGCGGUCUCUCCGGUCCUUUUCCUCCGCUAACAGCUUCAUCAUGUCGUCCCACCUUCAGUGGAUGGUGAUCAGGAACUGCUCCAGUUUCCUCAUCAAGAGGAACGGACAGACCUACAGCACUGAGCCCAACAACCUGAAGGCCAGGAACUCUUUCCGCUUCAAUGGUUUGGUGCACAAGAAGACGGUGGGCGUGCAGCCGGCGGCCGACGGGAAGGGCGUGGUGGUGGUGCUGAAGAAGCGUAGAGGCCAGCGUAAGCCAGCCACCUCCUACGAGAAGAUCACCAUCAACAAGAACGCCCGCGCCACGCUGAACAGCCUCCGGCACAUCAUCAGCAAGAACAAGUACAGGAAGGACCUGCGCAUGGCCGCCCUGCGCCGCGCCAGCGCCAUCCUGAAGAGCCAGAAGCCCGUCGUGGUCAAGAAGAAGCGCACCAGGGCCGCCAAGACCGCAUAGAGUCAUCCUCAGAAUAAAGAAUCAUUGUUUGGACGAAACUC